CUGUCAUCCCUUUCUUCAGUUCAUGGAAAGUUAAAAUGAGCAGACAAAUUGGCGUUUUCACGCAGUCCCCUAAUGACGCAUUCAUAAAUGUACUUAUUAUGUGAUAUUUGGGAUUCUCUUUGGUCGGAGGUCUGCUGUGAUCAGAAGAGACUGCUUAACUCCAGCAGAAAUGGGACAGAGCUGCAGUGGAAUGUCUGGCCCUUGUCCUGGGUGCCAGGGAAGCUGUGGAGACAACUGUCACCGGGAUGAGCCGUGUGUGGACCGCUGCUGUAACCUGUGCUGUCAGUUCUGUCUAGACGGCUGCUGUCUCAUCUGCCCAGACGACUGCGGCUACACGUUGUGUUUUACGUGCACUAUGAUUGCCAACUCCUGUGCUGCCGUUCUGACCACUGAGCAGCCCAGAUCUACACAGAAACCAAGAGAGGAUUCUCAUUUGGAAGAAGGUCAGGUGAUUUAGAUCAUCUGAUGAAUGUACUGGAAACUAAUGGGCUGGAUGAAGACCUGAUUCCUACUUCAUGAUGACUUCGAGAGACUGAAAAACAUGAAGGCAGUUCAUUGAAAGUGCAUUUGUAGAUCAUUUGCUACCGCUGUAAUUGAGCCCAUGCUAUAUUAUGCAUACACUGUAUUGUAUACUACUGAAUUAUGAACUACAAAAGUGUCAUCUGUUAAAUGUAUCUAGAGGAUCUAUUCAAAAGUGAAACCCCUUGUGCAAUCAUGCAAAAUAAAUAAGGCUUUGCUUGACGUGGUAUGCACCAGAAUGACUGAGUCUCAGAGGACAGACAGGAAAAACUUGAUUUGCACACCCUGUGGAACACGCCGUCACAGAGGUACUGUAUUUAUAUUUAGAGGUCCACCCAGGCGUAUGUCAGAUCAGCCCUGUCAACAUCACAAGAAAGACAACUUGGGUGCAUUUGAAAGAACUGAAAUUGACUUUUUACGGUGACUUUUAAAAGGUAAAAAGAGGACAGGAGCUACAAAAGAG